AUGCAUCACUGCUCGGAGCCAAAGACUCCUCCUGCAAAACGGCCAAAUCCCAAAGAAAUCCGCGAAAAAAACCAAGGAUCAGUGGCUGAGAAGUGGGCGGGGGAGAAAUGUUUGGCAAUUGGAAGUUAGAAGUUGGCGGCAACUUUUAGGCCUUUGGGGCGUCUGCGUUGGCUGAUGGAAGGAAGCUGGCCCGGCUACCUACGAGUUGCAUUGUCAGCUAAGCGAUCUGCAAUAGGACUACACUGA